CGACCACCCUUUGCGACAAUGUCUGCCGAGGACGGCGCCGACAAGACGCAGGCGCCCAAGCCUGCGCCGACUUUUACGUCCUUCAUCAACAAGAAUACGUCGGGCAAGAAGGUUGCGCCCAAGGCCGCACGACGAAGAGCCCCAAUACCCCCGACACCCUCCGCCUCGACCGCCGCCUCGACCGCCGAACCGCCGACCUCGCAGACCGAACCCGAGCCUACGCCUCCGACUGUCGCACAGCUACCCACGCCCGCUGCUACCCAGGAACCUGCCGCCCAGAAUGUUCCGCAACCCGAGACGAGCGCCGUUGAGCCAUUGACUGCACCGAGUGUAGUACAAGCAGCGCCCUCUCCCGCUACCCAGCCUGUCCCUACACCCGUCUCGACGAACAUCGAAGCACAACAUGCUCCCCCGCCACAGCCAAGUCACGCUACUACGCCUCAGCCUGCUGAACCCCUCGACACUGACAGGCCAGCCAAGAGACGCAGGACGCAGCCUCCAGCGGAGGAAAGCACAGCUGCACCUCCUCCACGACAAGAACCCGAGUCACAGACUAUCGUAUCCGAGGAUGCACACGCGACUGUAGUUGAAGAGGGGGACCAGCAAAGCGCAGCACAGACGACCGAGGAAGAUGGAGUACGGUCAAUCGAGGAAGGCACGUCACAGCCGACUGAGAAAGAGGCGGGCGCCCAACAAUCGCGAAAGAGGACGAGACUGCCAUGGGUCGCUGUCAAUCACGCGCCGGAAGACGAACCCACGACUGCGCCAGCUAAACGGACUCGUCAACCAGCCAGAGCUCGAGGAAAGGCAAAAGCUGUAGUCGCAGCAGACGCGGAGGAGCAGGAAGGCGAUGAGGAAGACGACGGCCAACCCGCACGGAAGCGACCUCGUGCAAAGGCGCGAAACAAGCGAGGGGCAGACGAGGCAAAUGCGGACGGCGAAUUUGAGGUUGAAGCCCCUGCAAAGAAACCACGGAAGCCUAGGAAGAAGAAAGCUGCAGCCGACGGGGCAGUAGAGGGGGAAGCAGAACCGGCAGCCGAUGCGACCGAGGGCGCCACAACACGCAAACCACGCAAGCCGCGCCAGCCGAGAAGGAGGAUACAAAACACCACAGAAGGGGAGACUGCAGACGGCGAGGAGGUUGCGCAACCAAAGCGAAAAGGGCGUCCACCACGAGAAGACACACCACCGGAGGCGGAACAUCAGACCAUCGACCCCGAGACAACAUUCAUGGACAGUCUAGCAUCCCGCAACAUCCGCGUAGGAAAACUGUCCAACCUCGAGAGACGGAUGCGUGGGAUCGACUGGGAUGAAGUUAAGCAACGUCAGAGGGAAGAGGACAGACGGAUAAUCCACACCAAAGAAACCCAAGCAGCAGUCGACAAGCUCCUAAACGCAGCAGGCGAAGACCUAGAAGCCGCCAACGCCGAGCAAGGCCCCCGCAUGCGCGUCGUCGGCGACCGCAUCGAGCUGAUCCACGACUCAGGCACCAUCGACCGCGAAGCCGAAGCAGACAUGCACAUCGCGACCAUGGAAGUCCACGAGGAAGCCGACCUAACAACCCGCAUCACAACCCGCAGCUUCAUGAAAAACGGCAAGCGCUUCCCCAACGACUUCCUCCUCCCGGGCCAGGGCCACCGCUGGACUCAAGACCAGACAGACCGCUUCUACCACGGCCUCCGCAUGUACGGCACAGACUUCCAGAUGAUCUCCAUGAUGUUCCCUAACCUCUCGCGCCGCGUCGUCAAGACGAAAUUCACCCGCGAGGAACGCGAGAAUCCGGAUAAAGUCGCUCAGUGCCUGCUUGGUGAGCUCGAAAUGGCGUCGGGCUGGGGCGCCUUCCUACAAGCCUCGGAACUACAGGAUAGUCACUUUGCCGACGCGGAUGAGAUUAAGCGCCAGAUGGAUGAGGUUGAGGUGCGCAUGCGCGUGGAGAUCGAGGCUGCGAAGGCGGAGACGGCGGAGCGGAAGCGCCAGCUUAAGGAGGCGGGGCUGCUUCCUGAGGGGGAGGAGGGCGCGCCCGAUAGGGAGGAUGGGAAGGGGAGGAAGAAGCGCAGGGAGAAGGGGAAGCAGGUUACUUUUCGGGAGGAGGAGGGCGUGGAGAUUUUGGGCGGGUUGGACGAGGAUCCGAAUUGGGGGCAGUAA